GGCAGCACCGAAACUACAUUUUUGCAUAUUUCUAAGUUUCGGCGGGAAACAGCAGGCUGUGAAUUAAACGUAGCUGACACAAAAGUACAAAAAAGUUGUCAAAUUUGAUAUUAAAGAUGCCAUCAACGCCAAAAGCUGCAACGCCUAGUUCUGGCCAUAGAUACUGUGGCCUGGGCAAACAUCAUCUACGAGAGCCACACAAAACUGUAAAGCAAGAAAGUAUGCUGCGGUUUGCUAGAAAAAUCAACCCAGAGCUGCGGAAGUCAACGCUCAUCUGCGGCGCUUGCUUCAAUAGCCUGAAAACAAUACACCAUGUAAAACUUAAAAGAGCCAUAAAACUACAAAAGGCUGCAGUCCAAGCCAACUCCGUUUCGGAUGUAAGUAGCAGCCAACCGCAGUCGCAAAGCCUCAGUAUUAUUUCGGCGCCAUCAACAACUUCAUCAAGUUCCACGAGCCUCACUACGGUAAAUGAGGUGACUUCAACGUCCACUGCCAAACGGAAGCGUACGGAAUCGCCCGACGAUGAUGAUGAUUACAUGUUGAGCUUAAAUGCUGUAAAUGGUACUAGAUUACCACAUAUACAGCCGAUACCAAAGCGACAACCAACAGUGCAUUUAAAUAAAGCUGCAAUGGACAUUUACCUGGCGGGCACUACAGGAGGGUGAAAAGGCUAAUGGUAUCUAUCUACUGUAAGGACCGUAAGAACUGAAUAAAGUUAUGUAUUUAUUUUUUAAAAGAGUAAAAUGUUAUAUGUUGUUAAAAUUGAAUUUGUUUGUCUUAAGUCGUAUUAAUUGAAAUUAAAUUAUUUGUAAUGAAGCUUAGCGAAUGAUUGUGUGAAUUAUUAAA